AUGCCGCCUACUAUUGGAGAAUGCGAAAAUGAUCCUGGUUCUGGCUCCGCCCUCUUCGAAGCUGUCGGUUGUUACGCACAAUUCCUACAUAAUGCGCUUGGAGAGGUCCGCCAGUCCCGCUUCUCAUGUAUUCUCAUGAUUGAUUUAGACGAAGCUAGCAGGAGUGCUAUUGCGUCUAGCCUGAAUGCUUUCAAGAAAGCUGUCGAGUGGAUUGAGAGGUACUACGAGUCGCUCCCUCGCUCCCUGGUCCUGGAAAUAGAUCAUUUUUCACCAUAUCGUCCACUUUCUGGCGUUGCGCUCUCGGGCGGUAAGCGGGAACUCGUGAAAUCUAAGAUGCGAAAUAUCGUUCAGACGUUGCACGACAAUAACACCGUCCAUGGCGAUACUCGAGAGGUGAGCACCCUCGUUGAUCCCGAGACACUGGCUAUCCAUCUGUUAGAUUUUGAUUGGGCAGGAACAUACCAGGAAGUCAGAUACCCAGGGGGAGUUAAUACGAAUACUAUUGAACGACCAGAUGGUGUAUCGGACGGGGAACUAAUUACCAAAGACCACGAUAAGGCAAUGGUUCGCCGUUUCUUCCGUGUUCGAAUGAGGUAUUUUCACUUCGUUUCUCUGGAGCAUCGUGCUGUACAAUACAUACUGGGCAACACCCGCGGUUCAGAAUCUGGGCUGAUCCUCAUUAUAGAAACCCUCACGGGGAAAAUUGGAGUUGCGUAA